AAUUCGAAACGAAAGAAUCACGAAAGUAUGUGCAAAGGACCAAAGUAAGAAAAGGUGUUGGAAAAGAAGAUGGGUCCGAUCAUUCUAAAAAUAAAGAGGCCGAAGUAUUAGAUAUGAAUGUUGCCCAACAUCAACGUCGAAAGUCAACUGCUAACACUCCUGAUAUAUCAAGCAAAAAUAAAAAUUCUAAUAACAAUGGUAUUGAUAAGUCCGUUCAUCGUCGUGGUAAAUCAAUGGCAAACGUUGGGGAACUUCAAGGUGUCUCUUCGAAGAAUGGAAACGGUAAAUCUAAAGGCAGCAAGGAUGAUUCUGAAAAUAAAUCUGAAGCAUUAGAAUCUUUGCAGCAGAUUAUUGCCAGUCUCAAGAGUUUACCGGCAGUUCCAUCUAAACCUCAGAAGUCAGAUAAAAAAGAUGAUGAUAGUUCCGCUGAUUUGGCUUUUAAGCAUAAACGUCAUGAAUCGAGUUCAUCUGGUACCGGAAAGCGGACUAAUACGCCUUCUAAACAACAUAAGAAGGGUACUUCCGUGUCAUUUUCAUUUCCUUUGACAACAGCAGUUACUACCUCAUUAAAGCCGAUUCUUGAUUCAGAAGACGGCAAACCUAUUGACAUAGAAAAUGCUUUGCAAGACACUAUUUCCUCUUUGAGGCGUAUGAGCCUUGAUAAAGGCAAAAAUCCUAUAAACCGAAAAUCUCCAAAUCUUGACGACAUGGCACAGUCUAGUAUCGAUAAAAAACAAGAAUUGGAUUCUCCUAAGUCUCCAUUUGACUUCAAGAAAUCCAUGGACGAUCAACAACAGCUAACUACGAAAAAGACCCAUCGUCGUCAUCAAUCUCUUGGUUAUACGUUAUCUACUUCUUCGUCUUCAACAUCUAUUGCGAAGCCUAAUAUUCCUAUCCAUGGUCGACGUCACAGUGUAGCUCUUAAUGGCAGCAAAGAUGUGCUUAAAGAACUUGAAAAGAACCAAGGCAGACUUACUGCACCAGAAGCGAAGGGCCAUCGCCGUAGCAAUUCCAGAAAUUUUGAAGGCAACUGGCGAUCAACUGCCUCGCCCCUUUCUGCCUUAGCUCAACCAUUCCAGCCAUUUCCAAUACCUAAGUUUGGUGCAAUUCAGAAGAAACAGCAACAGAAUCAACAAAACUCUAACAAUCAGCAACAAAGGAAGUCUCUCUUUGCACCCUAUCUUCCACAAGCCUCUCUUCCUCCACUUCUUAAAAGUUGUCAGCUUGUUUCCGGUGUUCUGCGAAUCAACAAACGUAAUCGAUCUGAUGCCUAUGUAGCCACCGAGUCACUCGAUGCUGACAUCUACAUAUGUGGCUCCAAAGAUAGAAAUCGCGCAUUAGAAGGUGAUGUGGUCGCGGUAGAAUUGUUAGAUCCUGAUAAA